UCUCACAGAAAACCGCGUGGUUUCCAAAUCCCGUUCCUCUUUUGAACAGCCUCCUAAAAUGCCUACUAAAACGUCCAAGACCAGGAAGCUCCGUGGACAUGUGAGCCACGGACACGGUCGCAUUGGCAAGCACAGAAAGCAUCCUGGAGGCCGUGGUAAUGCUGGUGGCAUGCAUCACCACAGGAUAAAUUUUGAUAAAUACCACCCUGGGUACUUUGGCAAGGUGGGCAUGAGACAUUACCAUCUGAAGAGGAACACCACCUACUGCCCCACCAUUAACCUGGACAAGCUGUGGACGCUGGUGAGCGAGCAGACCAGGCUCAACUUCAGCAAGAAACCCGACGGCCCUGCGCCCAUCAUCGACGCUGUGCGCGCCGGCUACUAUAAAGUAUUGGGCAAAGGCAAGCUGCCAAAACAGCCCGUCAUUGUCAAGGCCAAGUUCUUCAGCCGACGGGCUGAGGAGAAGAUCAAGUCUGUGGGAGGAGCCUGUGUGCUGAUGGCGUAAAUGCAUAUUCGGUGUUUUGGAAAAAAUAAACUAUACAAGUACA